AUGAUGCCUAUGUCUCGUGACUAUGGCACAGAACAAGAUAAGGUAAACUGCUCCUUUUAUUUCAAGAUAGGAGCAUGUAGGCACGGAGACAGGUGUUCACGUCGUCAUAUUCAACCCGAGCGCUCUCGAACCAUUCUUCUAUCUAAUGUAUACCAAAACCCAAAAUAUCUUGAUCCUGACUGCCGCGCAUCCGAUGCGGAAUUGCAGCAGCAGUUUGACGAUUUCUUCGCUGACUUUUUCAAGGGACUGAGCGCAUAUGGUCAUCUUGUUGAGAUGCAUGUCUGCGAUAAUGUGGGUGACCAUCUAAUUGGGAACGUUUAUGCCCGCUACGAGACGGAGGACGAAGCGCAAUGCGCCGUGGAUGGUCUAAAUACGCGGUGGUACUAUCAACGCCCCCUUUUUGCAGAGCUGUCACCCGUGAGCGACUUUCGCGAGGCGUGCUGCCGACAAAAUGAGACCAACGAAUGCAAUCGUGGAGGCCAGUGUAAUUUUAUGCAUCUUCGACACGCGUCCCCCCCUUUGGUGCGUGAGUUGUACCAGCAGCUCGCUGUCGAAAAUCGAGAAAGAAGGCGCGAAGCACACGCCAAAGAAGACUUUUUGCGGCUUGGCUGGAAAGAGCGGCUUGAGCGCUUGCACUCUGAGGCCAUUGAGCAAUACGGCCCUGACCUGCCCGUGUGGAAUGCUCCAGAUUGGCACCAGGGCACCAGUGGCGGCGACUGGCGUUCGGAGCCAACUGCGUCCAACGAAGAGAUCACUCCAUCUACCGCGUAA